AUGGCUGUUCCGGUGCUCACCACAAGCACAAAAAGGUCGAAGACCACUUGCGUCCAGUGCAGGGUCCGAAAGCGAUCGCCGGAGGGCCCAGGCAACGGUGACGGUGCUAGUCCAGCUGAAAGUUCCCAAAUCCAGCUCGAGCGAAGACGGGGUGCUCUAGCUUGCAUCGAGUGCCGCUCACAGAAGACUCGCUGUCCAGGUGACUUGCCGGCGUGUGGAAAAUGUGUCAGACGGGGACGAGAUUGCGUGUAUCCCACCCCGAAGAGGCCGACUCGAGGCGCGAAACCUACCGCCUCGCCGGGCGCACAAGAAGAAGCCAACCCCUUGAUCAUCUCGCCGAGCCCGACACAGGCGACUCCUGGCGCUUCCACGGUGAAUCUGCUACCGCCUGUCAACGAGACUCUGACUCUCUUCGAUGCAUAUUUCGAACACGUCUAUCCACUACCCUGGUAUGCGUUUCUGCACAAGCGGUCUGUGGUCCAAAGGUAUCUCGAUGGCACAAUUGAGGAAUGCUUACCUCUCGCCAUCUGUGCCGUCACCACUCAACGCCUCAAAUUUGACCGGUAUAGCGCCGAGCUCAGCGCGAGUUGGGCUCAAAGAGCCGAGGACUAUCUUAUGCAGACCCUCGAGAAUCCUUCGACUUCACGGCUUCAGGCACUUGUCCUCAUCGUUCGAUACAGAGUUGAAGCCGGCAACUUCUCCAAGGCGUUCAUGCUUGCCGCACUGGCAGGCAGAUGUGCUGUCGCGCUCCGCCUGAACUACGAACGUCCCGGGCUCCGGUUCCUGGUCCAGGAGGUCCGGCGGCGAAUCAUGUGGUCAUGCUUUCUUCUCGACUCCAACUUUUCCGUUGGACUGCGAGAGUACGAGAUUUGCCCACCAGAGAUUCUCUAUCUCCAGCUCCCGUGCCCGGAGACGGAGUUUGAGGACGACACGCCCGUCAAGACGCCGCCUCUCCGAGCCGUGUCUACGAAAACGGCAGAACGACUAGGCGUAUAUGCCGCCUGUUUGAGAUUGGUCUCUAUCAGAAGGGACAUCAUGAUGCUGACCCGACGCCUGACGUCUUCCCGUGUUGAGCCCCGAGACCUCAUGCGAUCCGUACAACAAUUUGAGAAUGAACUCGAUCAUCUCUAUCAGAGCCUUGCGGAUUUCGACCGGUACUCUUCGACCAUGUUUACUCACGGUCGAAAGCAAGUUCGACUUCUCAUAGUCCACCAGUCGUGGCACUUGACCCACUGCGAUCUUUAUCGAAUUUUCCUGACCGGAUAUCGAGAGUCUGCACCUGCGUCGGCACUGGAAGGUAUUGACAGCCAAGAAAUCCUCCGUAUCCGAGGGCUAUGCUUGCAGCAUGCGUUAUCAAUUGUUCAGAUCCUCCAAGAAUUCUCGGAACAGUCCCCUGCGCAAACCGUCGACUUCGACACGGCCUACCAUGCUUAUCACGCCACACGAAUCAUUCUAUUCACGACCCAACCGGCUGUCGUCGCGCAGCCUCUGAGUGUGGCCGCCGCGCUGGAGAAAGCUCGCUUCUGCCAACGGAUGCUCGAGCGAUAUUUCCCCGCCUCUCCUGUGGUGGAGCCAAUGAAAAAAGAGAUGGAGUUCGUCAUUGGUAGAUACGCGUCGCGAUUUAAUGCGACCGGGUCGCUCCUGUUGCCGCAGCCAGAAGAAGCAAUCGAUGAAGAUCCGCGCCAGGCUGAUGAAGCAAGGAUCCGACAGAGACUGGGAAUUCAUAGCUUGAUCCGAAGAGCCGACUUUGUCGAUGACAGCAACGAAGUCACCAGCCCUGCACCUAACUUCCAAGCCCGAUCCUCCGCAAUCCGACAUACACUUUCCGUCCAGCAGCCGGAACGCCGCUCGCAAAGAACCAGUUCCGUCAUAUAUCGUGCUCCCCAAAGGACCCUCGGCACGCAUGGUACUACUCCGAGUCGCAACAAUGCUGCUGAUUCUGCCAAGUCGAGAUCGUAUCAGCAACAAAACAACGUUGCUGGGAAUGCCAACAACGAACCGGCUUCGUAUGCCGAAGAGCGACCGGACCAGUCAUCGGACGAAAUGCGUUUUGCCUUCAACCCUUGGAUGGGGUGGCCCGAGACUUUGGAAACAUAUGGAUUCCCUCAAGGCGUGGACGAUGAUUACUUUUAG